ACCCGUGGGCAAUUCACUGAAACAGGUUCGUAUAAAUUACGGAAAAUCUCCCUUGCUUCUCCUCUCUGUCGCAUUUUCCGGGUUUCCGCAGUGGAGAGAUAAAGUUAAUUCAGCUGGUUUUCUUGUCAUUAUGGAGAGCAUGAAUAGCUUUUGGCAAUUGAGUGAUCAGCUUCGCGGACAACCAAAAGUCUCAGAGGAUCACAAGUGGUCAAUGGCUGCUUCUAAACUAGCUGAGCAGACCAGAUCAAAGGGUGAACGAAGGAACAACCUUGAUCUGUCAAAGGGCCCCACUGAGACAAGGCCAAGGGAUAAUGUUGCCUUUCAGGAAGACAACAGAUUUGAAACCUUUAACUUCAACAUGUUGAAUUUGGACCCCAAAAUUACAGAAGAUAUGAACAAAACUUCCUUCAGAAGUAGCAUGUACAAUAGCAAUGGAGUGUAUCAGAAGAGCAAUGGCAACAAUGUGGGAAACCUGACUGGAAGCAAGUAUGGUUUCAACAACAACAAAGAGCCCAACAGCUACAACAUCAUCAACAGCAACAAUGAUAACAACGUUGUCAGUGCAGACAAAAGGUUCAAAACCUUGCCAGCAGCUGAGACGCUUCCAAGGAACGAGGUGCUGGGUGGAUACAUUUUUGUUUGCAACAAUGACACAAUGCAGGAAGAUCUGAAGCGGCAACUUUUUGGUUUGCCUCCAAGAUACAGGGACUCUGUUAGGGCAAUAACACCAGGCUUACCUUUGUUUCUGUAUAACUAUACCACUCAUCAGCUACAUGGUAUUUUUGAGGCAGUGAGUUUUGGGGGUUCUAACAUUGAUCCUACUGCUUGGGAAGACAAAAAAUGUAAAGGAGAAUCACGCUUCCCUGCUCAGGUAAGAAUUCGUAUUAGGAAAGUCUGCAAGGCCUUGGAGGAAGAUGCUUUCAGGCCUGUCUUGCAUCACUAUGAUGGCCCCAAGUUCCGACUUGAGCUCUCCGUCCCAGAGACCCUGGAGUUGUUAGAUCUCUGUGAACAAGCAGGCUUUUAAAGACUAAGUGCCUCGCGUAAUCACCUAUUCUACGCAAGCAACGCUUAGUAGCACUAUAUGAUUGUGGUAGGUUUUGUGGUGCAUGUAGACUGUUUCAUGUACUUAUCUUAAGAGCGCAAGCUUGAGAGGUAAAAUUCUGGUGUGUGAAUCUUCUCAAGAGUUGAAGAAGGCUCUUGUAGCCAGCCAAAUAAGUUAAAUUGUGUAUUGGCUAUUGUGAAGAUGUUUCGUGUGUAGCUGGAUUAUAUGUUUCAGCUCAGUCAUCUUACGGUAUGGCUCUCUUUAUAUUGGAAGAGAUGAAUGACUAAUGACUGUGUAAUGGUUCAGUCCUCAAAAGAUGACGACCUUGUUGUAUAACUACUUUGUGCAAUUGAAUUCAGUUUUCUGA